AUGUGGAACAAUGAAUCAACGUUUAUUUAUGACGAUGAGAAAUUAGAUUACAUUUUAAAACAAGCUGCUUUUGGCAAGAAAAUAACAAAUGAUUAUGCAAAAUGGGCCCAACAGAUACAAUUAGCAGAAAAUCUGGAGAUUGUCGUGUUACUUGAUGUCAUUAAAAAAGCAAGUGAUGCAAACAAGAUAUUCAAGGAAAUUGAAGACAACCUAGUUCAGUUGAGGGGUCGGAUCUGCAGUCGAUCCGAAGUUUCUACAUUAGCCCCUAAUUUGAAAGCAGUCACUGAACUAUGCUUGAAAAUUGCUUCCAAAAAAGAGUUGCACGAUGCUAUUCGAACAAAAGCUUUGAUUCGUAUUGCCACUCUCGCGCGACUCAACGAGCAGUCAAUGAUUGAGGAUGAACUGGAUGUUCCAAUUCUCCAAACCAUUUUCCUGGUAAUGACUGAGGUGGACGGUGAAGAGGAUGAAUAUGAUCAGGUGAAAUCGGACAAGCCCUGCAUUGUUGCUGCCCAAACAUUGCAUAAGUUGGCGUUACACUUGCCGCCUGACAAGGUCAUCACACCUUUGCUUCAGUGGGCUGAUCUCGUCUUUAAAGACUCUGAUACUCGUGCUCAGCAAGCAGGAUACACUGCCUUAGCAGUUGUGGUGGAAGGCUGUGCAGAGCAUAUUCGUACCGAGUACAUGGCAACGUUUGUUCAGGUCAUCUGCAGUGGCGUCAAACAUCCGCAAGCGCACGUUCGUAAUGCCGCUCUCUACGCAAUCGAAAAAUUUGCCCAGUAUCUCCAACCCGAUAUUGACAAAUACGCAAAUGACAUCUUGCCCAUUCUCUUGGAAUACUUGUUGGCGACAAGCAAUAGCUUGGCCAAUGGUAAGAAAGUGCCACGCAGUGUGGAACGCGUUUUCGACACCCUGGAGAUGUUUUGUGAUACUAUGGGAGCGAAGCUCAAUCCCUUCGUACCCGCUCUGAUGGAGCAUCUCUUCAUCGCACUUAACCCGACCUACCCGUUUCUUAUCAAAGAGUUGGCUCUUAAUGCCAUUGGAGCAACUGGGUCAUUCCGCCGAGUUUCGAAUUUUUUCGUCGCAAAAAAAAUCGAUUUGCUUCAUUUUUUUAUCGCGUGUUCUUCAUAACAUUAAGAAACAUUUGACCAAAGGAUUUUUUUUUAUCGUGAAUGGGAAGCCUUCAAUUAAAUGUUAAAGUUUUGCGCUUUUUCACAAAUUUUAUGCGCGUUUUUUCAU